CUGUGCCUUUGCUUUAACUCUCUGGCCUGGCUGCGAGUCAGCACACUGGAAUUUCAAAUGUGCCUUUCCUCUCAUAUCGACUGCCCAUAGUGAAACUUCAGGAGGACAGGCAUCACAUGACAAGAGCAGCAGUGACAGUGUGUCUCUGUGUGGCGACACUUCAGACAGCCCAAGGCGAUGAGGGCAUCGUUUGAUUCAGAGACAGGAAUGGCCUUCUGGGCGCUUGAUUACCAGGACCCCAGGAGCUUUCAUGUGGUCAGCAUUCUGCGAGGGAAGGGUCACUGUUAUCGAUUAAAUUAUCUGAGUCAGUUAAAGGCAGAAACAGGGUGCAUUCAUGUUCCCAGCUGAAGGCCUGACUCUUUGGAAAUGGUCUAAUCCAUCUUCCUGGGAAAUGAGAGGAUAGGAACAAUUAUCUGCAAAGCAACAUGUCCACUUCAAAAGAGGCGCACCCACGGCUCACUGCAACCUCCAGUUCAUCUUCCUGGAAUGUGAAAAAAAGUUAUGAAGCAGUGUUUGACUUUUGAUUGAAGUGAGUAGGUUUAGGAUGCAGAUCAGAGCUGCAGGAUGUUCACUGUAUAUGUAGAUGGAGUAUUGCUUGAACAAUGGUUUCAAUCGGUGGUUCUCAACUGGUCUCACUCUGGGACCCACAUUUCCCCAUGGUCUUUAAGUCGUGACCCACUUUUAUAGAAUUCAAACCAAGCAAAUUUAUUUUUUAUAUAUAAAAAAAACCUUUAAAGACUCUAAUCUUUAACAUAAAUCCACUUGUUUUAUUGGGUAAAGUGCAUUUCAGAGCACAUGAAGGGGACAACAUGAGGACGGCAACUACUGCAGUUUCAUAUACGGAAAAUAUCAAAUAUCUAAUAAAUAUCACAUUAAAUAUUUACUUUUUUGGACCAGCUGUUUGUGACCCAUCCAGAAUGUAUCUGUGACCCACUUAUGGGUCGGGACCCACCAGUUGAGAACCACUGGCUUAAAUGAUUUCAGUUGCUUUAUUCCACUUGAUCAGAACUACUUAAGUAAAGAACUAAACAUCGAAAGCAACACAUGUCCUUGUACCCUUGACCAAAACUGUUAUCGUGCUUUCUUUUAACAGUCUGUUUUUCUUCCUGGCCUUGUUUGCUAUUGUUGCUUUUAAGAGAGGUGUCACUUUAAAUUUCAGUCUGUUACACGACCACUUGAAAACUCCUCAGAAGAGCUUUCAGUCGAGCUUGUAAAUCAGCUGUCCUGCUGCCAACAUCUUCUGUUAGUUUUAAAAUGUUCCCCUCUUCAAAAUAAGGUUAAAGUUUAAAAUAUUGUGAUGCAAAUGCAUUAUGGGGUAUGUAUAGGUAUUAAACAGCAUCUAUUUGUUCACUUUUGGUGACAAACAGUUUCUGGUCAAAAGUAUUUUAUUCUCUGCUGAACAUAAGAGUUUGAUACUAGGUUGGACAAAAGCCUUUGAUCCCAAUUUCUUAAUUUCUGGCCUUGUAUCUGUUAUAAAGCCCACCCUUAAUUGUAAACAUAUGACCAGGAAGUUUAUUUUAGUUGAUUUGGAAAGUGUUGAAAUAAAACUUUCCAGUUAUGUACUCAUCUCUACAAGUGCUUGUCCUUAUCAAGGAUUUCGUCAAGAAAAGGAAAAAAAAAAAAAAAAACCUGUUCGGAAACGACUCUUAAUGAAAAGAAAUUUCCAGAAAAUCCAUCAUCCACGUCGUUCUAAAACAUGUUGGUAAUAAAAUUAAGACCAGUCAUCUGCACUUAGAAUCAAAACAACUCCCAACGAAUGUGUUUUUCUUCUGACGUCCAACAGGCUCAUUUUCUGGAACCGGACCUGUUUCCUCCUGGCCCGACGCAUUUAUGGUUAGCCACCUGCCUUAUGAACCGCGUCAUCAGGCCGCCAGCUCACAUCUGUGGGCCACAGAGGUACUGAUCUGCUAAAGAGGGGAGAGACAGACAGACAGACUCUUGGAUCAUUUGUUUAUCAUCUAGCAUGGGUGUAGUCCAUAUGCAUGUUCUGUGUGAGUCACAUCAAAGUCAGCGGGACAGCCUUUCGCUGAGCUCCACCACACCAACAGAGUGUGAUUUACGGACAUGUUGCUGGGUCUCAACUGUGGGGAACCCCAUUCUGCACAGAACAUAAACACCCACGUUUCUGAACAACCCCGAAUCAAAGGCAGACUCGGGGUGGGCUGACUGAUGUGUUGUGCUGAUGCAUGGCUGCGGGUGGUCAACCAGGAGGGUGAAACCGGACUGUGUGAUCCAUUAAUAAGAACCAGUCUCUCUGUGCCACAGCGAAACUGCUCCUCACCGUCUUCAGUUACAGAAAAAGGAUCAACCCUCAAUCACUUGAACCCCAGGAAUUUAACGUUUUGUAGGUGGGUCUUCACACAGCAGUCAAGACUACUGCUUAAACUCAUCUCUAAUUAAUUAUAUACACAACGUCAUCACCCUCUGAUGAAAGCAGCAUUGUAUAAACUACAAUGUGAGCUCAAUCAGAUAACAAGAAAUUGAAGAAAAACAAGAUCAAAAAGAACCUAUAUAUCUCUUUUGCUUUUCCUAGCCUGAGGGCCAGACUGACUUGACCAAGAAAACCAUGUGCACAAUCCAAACAAGAGAAAAAAGGCACAAUAAGGAAGUAGAAAUGAUUUAAUAAAGUGGAUUUUUCUCCAGCUGCAAGUCCUUAUCUGUGGACAAAGAGGAUCACCAGAGAAACGUUUGGGAGAUGAUCACUAAAAACCAUGUAAACCCACUUUACCAAAUUGCCAGAAUGUUUUGAUGUAUGAAAUCAAAGUAUUAGUCAUUGAAGAUUAGUCUCUUGAGCAACCAGAUCUCUCAGGGAAAAAGAGACAACCUCGGAGAUUUGUUACCAUCCCAACAAGAGAGUCCUCAUCCAGUCUUGAGGUUCAUUCAGUUGGGUUGUUUUUUGAUGUUUUUGAAAAGACUCGAUUGACGACACAUUGACCGCACACAAAGAUGUUUCGUGAAACUUUUAAUUUGAAAACCUUUACAAAUAUUCAUUUUCUAUCGCACUCUAUAGUUUCUUGGCUGCCCUGGGGCGGUGCAACAAAUAGACCAAAAAUUAUCUUCUUUAAACAUAACAAAUUAACAAUCAAGUAACAAAAAACAUUUGGAAGUACCUUUUUAUUUAUCUAUGAAUAAUAUCUGUGCUUAAAUGAGUAUUUGGGAUGUUCUAUAUCAACCAAUUUUCUGUUGUAGUUUUUUUUAACUAAAAUCAAAAUUCUAACUACCUCAGUCUGUACAGUACUCAAGCAUGUUUAACCCCGAAUGACCAAUCAAGUCCAGUUUGCUAGCACGAUGUCAGAGCUUUGUACCUUGCUAGCACGGUUCUUCUUUCACCCUUGCAUGAGUGGAAGAGGUGGACUUCAGCAAAGCAUGAUUGCUCAUACAUGCACACAAGCAUGGCACAUGGAAGCAUCAGAUUAUUUUUUUUUUGCCUUAAAGCGUGGCUAGCAUUAGCAGAGCUAGAACCACCGCCCUUGAGUCCUCGUUUUAGCUUAACACCCACAUGCCAGUGCUGGUUACAUAUUGCUUCCGUCAAGUGGUUGUUUAACCAGACACAGCCAAUGUAUGUCAACAAUGUUAGCUCUGUUUUCUAUGUUGCAGAUAAAAUUAUUGCCAAACCACUGGGCUAAUUUACUUCCAGGUAGUGUAGAGUGAUUAUAUUCUGACUUCCCAAAAAGAGGUCACAACUACACGGGGUGGAGUCACAGAGUCGCAAGAAGUUUAUUUUGAGAGUUUUUCCGGUUGGAUCGAGUGUCUUUUACGCGCUUCUAACUCAGUAAGUCCAUGUGACACAAAAUCAAAACUUACGUACAAAACCGCAGAAAUUUGAAGGAUUUUAUAAACUUCCCUGGACAAAGCCGGACAGCCCCCCAAAAAGAGGACAUGUCCGGGUAAAAAGGAAGUAUGGUCACCCUAACGUAGUAGAGCAUUAUGUUAGUGUGGCAGUGACCUACAACCUGAGCUACAGCCCCAGCUGGUGGCUAACGGCGGCAAUAUAGACACAAUAUUUCCCUGGAAUUUCAGGCCUACAGUGAUAGAAAUACUGAGUUCAACUGACUAGUAGUCCUACCUAGGGACACCCAACAUGCGUAUUCUUCAAGCGGUAACAUAGCUUUUUACAUUUGAGUCCUGACAAAAUGAAUCACAGUAUCAAACUUGCUGGCUUCAAAACCAAAACAAUGAGCUGAAAGAUGUUAAAAUUCUCUACAGAUGGAAGGGGAACCAUAAGGUGAUGAUAUGUUGUCUUAUUUCACAGAAUCAUGUCAACUAUUGCUGACAGAGAAAACAUGGAUGAAAGCAGUCUGAUUCUCUCAUGUGUUACUCAAUAAUCAAACACAACCCUAAGGCUUUGACCUUUCUUAAACUGUAUUUAUACUACUCGUCCCAAGCUCUUGGCCACGUCAGCAAGAAAGAGAGAGAGAGACUGUGGCGCCUGGCAGAUGACCACCUGUGUCUCAUGACUGUCUCUGUGAGCAUUAACAUAACUAUUAUUCCACUGAGGAGGACCUUUUCCAGUUAUGAUUCACCUGCAAGUGAUGCCAAGGUUUUCCAGCCAGCAUCAGAGGAAUCUACCUGCCAUGAUACGACUUAAAUCAUCACUCAAAACAGAUUGCACACAGACAAUACUGUGGUUUCUCUCCAUUGUCGGGUGAUUUUGAUAUCAUCUUACAGACAGUUUGGACAUUUUGCUUAUCGGGCUGUGCAUGGGUUAUGUCAUCAGUGUGGUAACAAUGCAAAAUAGUGUCCCUAUGUGACUGUUGUGUGGAGGCUGCAGUCAUGAUAGCAUGUAAGAGCACAAGAUGAUCCUACAAUAAACUCUUUCCAACCGCGUGAGCCAAGAAAACAAUCACAGAUCUUGGCCAAGGUGCUCCUCUCUGUACUUCUGUGAAGCCAAGCUGUGAAGACACUGAGCCUGUUUCCUGUCUUGUUUCUCUAAAACUAAUUGGUGACAUCCUUCGAGGCAUUUUAAUCCUAAGGUUACAAGGACUAUCACAGCAGGAGGAGGAAAUUCACAAAACUAUGUCGAACAAAUCAGCGUAAAAUGUAAAAAGUUUAUGGCAUACACCGGAGGCUUUGGUGUCCAAAAAAUCAGACCAACCUCCUCCAACAGGAUACUUUACCAGUGUUACUCAGGCCUGUCUUGCUCCAUCUGCUUUUUUUCUUCAAGAAGUCUUCGCAGUUAUCAGCAGCAAGGCAUCAACAUGCUGCUUUUUGUCCUCCAGGGUUUCAGCAGUAUGUCAUUUUAAGUGACUCCUUUUUUUCUGCUCACAUGUUUUAAAAAUGAUUAAUGUGUUUGAAAUGCCAUAGAUACUCCAAACCAGGCCUGCUCUGGUCCCCUCUGGUCCAAUUUGAGCCACUUUUGAGGGACUUUUUCUGAUGUUUAAUCAGCAGCAUCGAAAACACUGAAGUCCAGCUGGAAAAUUUAUGGAAUAAAUCAAACUGUUUUCUAUGAGGCAUCGCUUUUUGUUUUGCUUGGUUAUUUGAACAUAAUCUUUCAUUUAUCCAACAGAGCAAGUCACUUAAAUCUCAUCAAAUGCACUGGUUUAUUUUGUGGAGUGCAAUGUUCUAAAAAAUCAGAUUUUGAUGUCCAGCGUAAACUUUUCUCCUGAGAAUGGACGAUUGCUUGAAAACACGUUUGCUGUACAAAGCAAGAUCCUGAUGGCUGUCUUUCAAAGUAAAUCACUCUACACUCGGGUGACAAAGGUGGCUAAAAUAGUAUCACCUCUGAGCCUCUAAAGUUACAUCAAACAAGUCCAAUACUUCCUCCCACUCCCUGCUUCAGUUGGUUGUCUAUUGUCUCAAACAAAAGAACUUGACACUUUGAAUUGGAGCCUGUGAUGGAUCGCUUUUGAGGUCAGAAGCCUUUACCGGUGUACUGGUUUCAUCCUAGCCCCGCCGAGCCUCCAGACUUCAUCAGAUACCUCAAACUUGUGUGAAGAUUACGAGGUGUAGAGUUGGACAGCAAGUAAGAGAAAGGUGGUUUGACAACUUGAAUAGGGUGCAUGAGUUUGAAUGCAGUGGGAUUUGUAAUUUCACUUUGGAUUUGUGGAUUUUAGGGAUGAAUUCUUGAAUGUUACUGUUUUGAAGCUGCAGCUAAAUUUAGAAACCCUCACAUCAUGGUAAUGUAGGAAUGCAGAAACUACAGUUCAUCUAAACACACUUCCAUAAACUGUAGUUUAUAAACUGAUAACAUCAGCUAAAUGCUUCAUGUCCAGACAGAAGCAAUGUUCCUUCACUAAAAACAUUGUUCUCUCCUUUUCUCUGCUUUUACCUGCCUGCAGCUGAAAGGGUUCAUUGUCCCUCCACAUCUAUUAUCUAUAGUUAAUAUGAAUAUAUCUUAUCCUGAUUAGGCCCAAGAAUCAAACAAAAGAGCCUCUAUUAUACUUUUAUCACUAACUUUAUCACUAUGGCAUUCACUGCACCAUGAGGGAUGCCUUUCCCACAGAGGAGAAACAAUGGUUAUCAGAUAGGUUUUUGUUCUAAGUUAUUCAGGAAUGCUGGUUAAAUGGACACUGAAACGCCUCCUGCUCAUAUAUAUUUCAUAUUUGACAUAACUGUUUAAUUCUCUGGGAAAUCUCGGUUCAUGAAUGCUCCACAUUCUCGAUUUUUACGCAUACAGGUAUCACUUUCCUGAAACAGAUUCAGUCUUUGAUAGUGGAAAAAAUACUCCACGUUACCUUUAAACCCUCCUCAAAGCAGACUAACCCUGUUUUUUUUUCCAUUUUCCUGCGCCCCACCGCCUCGCAGUAAAGAGGGUCAAGCGCCCAGUUAAAACACACUGUGUAUAAUUUUAUAGGUUUCUCCCAACGGCAAUGCUGGUGCCAGUGUCGAGACGACAAUGCGCGAGCAGCAGUGGCGCGCACAGAUCGGUUUCAGUCUCUGUCAGUCGAGGAUAGGGGCGGAGGAAGCAAACUCAUUAGAAUCCUAUAAAAAGAAAGUAUCCGAGAUCAUAAAACAGCCGGCUGCAGGACUGAAGCGCACACUCUCAUCCAGACAGAGUGAGAGCGUAAACCUCCUGUCAAGUUUCACUCUGCGCCCGAGAGCAUCAGCAUUUUAACAGACUCUCUUCUUCAUUGUUUCCUCUCCACACUGGGCUCUCUGUGUUUUUCAGAUGACUGUGUCGAUGGCAGUCAUUCCUCUAAAUAUCUGAUUUUCAGGAACAAAACCUUGGCUUCAUUCUUACCCUCUCUCUGCUGUUGUCGGGCAAGUGUGGCGCAUGGACACUGACAGGGCGCGCACUUCUCAUUGAGCGGCGUCAUUUCUUUUUGCAUCACAAAGUUAUUCAAGUGGUACAUUUUUUUCUUUUUCUUUUUGAAAUUUUAAUAUUUAUUUCUCCAAGGAUGUUCGUCUUCACCUGGAAUAAAUACUGUGUUGUGAUGUUUCUCGUCGUCACGCUAAAAACGGGUACAUCCCAUGGAUCAGACGCGCGUCCGAAGGCGAACUCCAUCAAGCCGGCUCUUUUGGAGGAGACACCUACACCCGCAACAAACCGCUCUGCCACGGGUCACGGCGGGAGCACCAAGAAAUACAACAUCCUCACACAGGUAAUAUUCAUCAUAUCAUUGUUUACAAACGUAUAAUUGAAAUUAAUUUUACGCACAGCAUGGCACCGGGUUUUAGGAUCAGCGGAGGUGAAACGAACGAUAAUAGAAGGUCAUAAAUACAUAACGAUUCCUUGGGGUGUUAAUUUGUUUUAACAGGCAUCUCACAGAGGAACCUUUUUUAUUUUAUUUUAACUAAAUUACCAGUGUGUCGUUGGGUUGUAAUUGCGCAGAACGUCUCCGAAACGGUGCAGUAUCUCAAGCUGUUUAAGUGAAAUAUCCCAAAACCUUAAGACGCGCUCACUCACGUGUGAAUCGUUAUUGGAAAUUGCAGGGAUUGGACCCCUCAUAAACCCUAAUUGCCUCUCAGACCUGACGCCACCGCCGGGUUCAGAGCACUUCCACAUAAAUCAUUAAUGCCAACAGAAAUGUGAGAAAAAGUUAACACUUGGGGUAAUUUUCUGUCUGGGUCUUAGUGUCAUUAAAGUGGCCCAGACGCUUGCUGGGAUUAUGAUAUUCUUACUGUGGGGCCUCCCAGGGAUACUCUUACCGAGCACUUAAUACCCACUCAAAGAGUUAUCAAUUCCUGCUGUUUCAACAAAGUGCCACAUUUCUAUAGCUUAACUACAAACAUGAGAUCAGACAUGUUUAAGUUUGGGCAAGUUUUGUUUGGACAGAGAGGGACAGCUGUGGACUGUAUGACCAAUUUUUAAUAGGUGACGAAUCAGAGGUCUAUGGUUAAUGUUUGGUGGAAAGGAAAAAAUGAAAUAUCUCAUAAAAUUAUGCUUUGGUUAACUUUUAAAAGAGGACUUGAAGAUGGUAUUUUUUCUGAAAUUUGGCUAAAAUAUUGGUAAAUCAAAUCUGACUGAAAGGCCUUUAUGUGCUGUUGAUGGUCACAUAGUUCUAAAUUAGGAGUCUAAUUAUGUGCAUUGACCGCUCAAAGUAUCUUUCUGAGCAGCAGAUGGCACUGCCACAUCUUAAUCACUUCCACCACUGCAGCAAGCGUCCGCACAUCAGCUCCCCGAGCCAGCUGCUAACUCUGCUCCUGUCUUUUUCUUUCUCCUCCUCACCUCCAUGGCUCUAUCCCUCAGAUUUAACGCUAUGCUUGUGUUUGGCUUGCCCAGCUGUCUGUUUUAUCACUUGCAGCAGUGAUAGUGUUGGAUAUCUGUGAAGUGUUGAGUGUCGAGAGCAGCGCUCCGACAUCCAGCUCAGACAGGAGAAAUUAUGGAAAAGCCACUUUCCCUCCCUGACAGAGUGUGUAGAUCCAACCUCAGGCAACCCUGCCAGACCUCAAUUUGAACGCCUGCUUACAUCUCUGCCAUUGCAAUAAUGUGGAGUGGUUUGGAUGGGGAGACUUAGGGGAAACAAUAUUAGUGUGCACAGACCACUGUACCCUCAGAAAAGUAAAAUGUCAGAGUAUAUUGUAUGGUGUGACCAAAUGAAGAUGGCUAAUAGUACAAAUGUAUGUGUGUCUGUGUUAGUGUGUGUGUGUCUGUGUGUGUGUGCUCUGACUGCCAAGAGGAUUUUCAGAGUCGUAAAGUAACAGCCACAGCUAAGUCUUGGCCAGAUAUACGACUUGACACUGGCAAACGAAACGAACUGACCCUCUGCAUCUCGUCAAACGUUUUCAUUUAUGAGCAGAAUAAAUCAAGGAUAAUAAAUCUUCUUUCCUCAAGACGCUUAAAGGGCUAAAUGUGGUAUAUGCAGAGUUUAGGAUUGACAUCCAGGAAUCUGAAAUUGUUCAAAGUUUGAGUUUUUCAUCAUAAAAAACAGUGCAGCGGUUGCCUUUGUCUGCAUUUGUGAGGCAGAUUACUGCUGGUUAAGGCUUGGGUGUAAGUUUGGAAAAUGGGCACGCUUUGACUCAGAUUUCUCCUCUGGCAUCUGCAGGGAAACCUCAGUGCUGACAUCCUACAAGUAGAUUUAUGUACAAGUUGUCAUGCUGCUGAGUUUGUUACUAUUAGUGAGGGAUAGCUGGCAGAUUUUCGCACCUCUGGAAGAUUCACAGUGGAUGUAGGAUACGAGGGAAUAUGAGCUUGCCAGCGAUGUGAGUGUGAAAAUCUCCAUAAUUCUUCAUGAGGUUUUUUUUUUCAAGCUUUUUUUUUUCUGCAGUCUAAAAGAAAACUGAACGACCCUUUUUCGUAGAGUUAACCCGGCCUCUCAGAGCUGAAAAAAAGCUUUCAAGUUUAGCAAAUUAUUACAGGAAAGGAGUCCAGUUACCCUGUGGAGCAGGAAACAAGGCUGUAAUAUGUUGUUUCAUCCAUGAGAUUGGAAACUCUGCCCAAAAACUUGCUUAUAGGAAGUAUCUGACAGCUUAAUGUGCCUUUAUUUCCUAUUCUUGUAUCCUUUGGCCAUAAGGGCUUAAUCAGUCAUAGACUAACUAGGGUCAGGUUUUGGCUCCCUCAUUGGCGUUAAACCAAGGCAACCUGCUGUGUAUGCUCACAUUCUUUGGCCAAUGUUACGUCACCUUUACUGGUAUGAGAUCGACAAAAUUCAAAUCUUACUUGCCGCUGGUGGUUUCUUGGACGGGGACCAACACAAAUGGUUGGCACAGCCAGGUGGUGAUCCCGCAAGGGCACCAACAGCCAGGCUGGCGUUUACACGGCAUGUGUCUGUAAAACUCUGGUCUGCCUUAACUAGUUGCUUUAUUUAAUUCAGGACAGAGAUUACGAGGGCUGUAAAAGUAGAACCAUGUCCUUCCUCCCUCUUUCUCCUUCAGCAGGAAUCAUUGUUCAGUGAUCCUAAUGAGCUGAGAAAGAAAGAGGAAAGGCAAUGAGAGGUGUGUGUGUGUGUGCUUGUUAGCUGCCUCUGUCGCCUGUCCUGUGGCAUUUCCAGUCUGUUGGCCCCUUGAGGCCCCUGUGAGGGCCCUGCAUUUGGGGUCUCCUGUUUAAACCUUUUUUACUGUUAUUCUACCUGUUAAUGAGAGAAGAGACCCCUUGCACCUCUAAGUCUUCUGGGUUAUUACUUCAACUCCUCGAGCUUUCCCUUUUUCUUUGAAAAGAGCAGCCAUGCGCCUCUCUUUGUGUCUGAUAAAUCAGGUCAACUCACCAUGUAUUCUUAGCUUAUAAAAGGCCGAGCUUUCAGAGACUCUGGGCAGUGGCAGUCAAAAAGACGUGCUCAUAAACACAUGUGUUUUGAGUGAUGAAAGACGCCAAGCUGCGUUUGAAGACAUGGUUUGUACAACUCAGUUGUGCGCAGCCAUCCCUAUGUUAUCUGAUACCGGCUGUCUGUGCUUUCAGGGCAUAUGAAGUUUGUUUAUGGAGUGACAUCGUUUAUUUGACUCCACAAGGCCCCUGCCACUCAUUAACACCAUUCACAGUUUCAGGUUACAUGUGUGAUCUCUGAAGGUCAAGUGCAAUCACGGCACAAAGCUGAAAAAAAGCAGCAAAGAAGUCCUUUCCUUAAGACUUUCACACUUAUUUCUUUUCGUACUGGACAAAAAAAGUGUGUGAAGUUUUUCUAUUUCUCUGGAGUGGAGUUUUUCCAUAAGCCAGGGGGGAGGGUUCAAAGAGAGCAAUAAUAACCUCAGGGGACUGAUAUAAGUAAAAACAUGAGGUUCAAUUCCUCCAACCCUUCCAAUAACUCUUGUACUGUUUCUAAAUUUUAAACCCUCAGACUUAAACUAAGCACAGGAGACAUACCUUAUGUUAUUUUUAAGCAUAACAGGUUCUUCCAUCGAGUUAUAUCAUCACAUUGGAACGAAUCCUUUGAGGUAAAUAAGGGACCCAAAGUCCAUCGGUGGAGGGUUCAAAGCCCUGUAUAUCCUGCGGUAAACCCCUUGGAGAUUGUUGCUCCCGCACAUUUAAGGUUCCUCUUCAAAGCCGAGGCUCUUAACCUGCACGAGAGCAGCACGAGACAGGGCCGGGGGCUUCCCUUAUGGCUCCCUGUCUGUCUCUUCCUUUAUCAUCUCACCAGCAUACCAAGAGAGGCUGCAGAGGACACACUCCACAACCCACUUCCUGGGCAGGAUCCAGGGCUGGGCUUUUAUGUGUUAAGGCUUUCUAGGGAAAAAUAAGGGAGCAACAGAAAUAAAGAUGCGAGAUGAAUGCGAUGCUUCCAAAUGAAGCGCCGACUCUCAGAUGCUGUGAAAGAGGCGUUUUAAAACAUGACAAGAUAAGCCGAGAUUAUCUGCAGAGAUUUGAGCGUCAGGUUCGUCUCGCUGAGUUUCAAAGGGUUGUCUCACAGCUUGAACCAUGAGGGAAAAGGUGAAGCCUGGUGUGCUUCUUUUGUCCUCUACCUGCUCUGCGAUCAAUCCAGGCCUGCUGUCCAGUGAGGCAGACAGAUAUUCAGAGCAGGUAGUAUAAAGCACUACCGCACACGGUCAGACCCAUUUGUCUUCAUAGCAGCACAUUUUUCAUGGCAGGGGAAAAAAGUCCCACAGCACUUGCUUGAAAUUCUCCUCAGACUUUGUUUCCAACAUAUUUCCCUCCUCAGCUGUGAUUAUACCAAUUGUCCAUGGCGAUGUAACUGUUUCUCUGAGUGCACAGAAAACCCCAGAUGAGGCUGAAAUUUCAUCUUGGGAUGAGUAGUUUGCCAAGAAUCCUGAUUGUCUCUCUCCGUGGAGCAAAGUCCAUCAUCUGAAGACUGUAAAAAGUGAUUAAAAGCUCUUGAAAAUCUAUUUAAGAAAGAUUGACUUUCUUGUUGGGAGCGGGAUGAGAAAAUCAUUACUGCUUUAAUGCUUACACACACACACAAAAAAAGAAAACAGAGCUAGAGCUGGGAGACGAUAAGCUUCAUUACAGCUACGCUGGCUUCCAAAGGUUUACCCUCAGGGCCUUUUAUACCUUGUUUCUUUAAUAUUAACACACAAAAACAAACAAAAGUCAAAUGAAAGUUUGGGAAUUUAUGGUUUCAAAAACACAGAAGCACAACGAGACGUCUGAAAAUGACAAAUUACCUUGACUGUGAUACUUCGCCUGUUUCUUGAUCGGCCAAAAGUUAGUUGGAUUCAGCCUUUACAACACAACGCCUGUCGUCCUCAUGCAUCUUUAGAAACCAAUGAGUGAAAUCACUAAGUAUGUUCACGUUUUACACUGUUUAUGAAUCACCCCUCACACUCCCCCAACUGAUUUCUUUUUACUGCUUUUGCCAAAGGCCUUACAUUUGCCAAGAAGAAGAUAACAAUAGUGUUUUUGAUGAAUGCUAUUUGACAUCUUCUAUUCAAGAAAAGAAAAGGUUGUGUUGUUAAACUCUGCUGGAGGCUGGGAAAUAUUUUUAAAAGACAUACAAACACAGGUUUUUUUAUUUAGUGAGUGGCCAUGUGAAAUGUACCAGUUAGAAGAUGGAGAAAGGAUUUUUUUUUUUUUGUGAAUAAUAGAGUGGACAUUUUUGAUAGCCUAAAGUUGACAAAUAAACCAUCAUACUUAUCAUGCAUCACCUUGAAAAACUACUGUCACCUCAUCAGCGGGAAGGGAGGGAGGGUUUUAUUCAAGAAUCUGGCCACUAAAUAUUCCCAUUUCUACACUUUGUACCUUUAAGUCAUUACGCUAAAAGAAAAUAAUUUAUUUCUGGCUCUCUCUCCAUGCACACACAUUUUCUGAAGGGCCCUAAAAGUUGUGAACUUGCAAGAGAGGCAAAAAUAUGUAACUUGACUGGUUGCGAAGCAGUCACCAUGAUGUGUAAACUGGUUUUCCUGCAUAUAGUCGGUGGUUUGCACUUAAAAACAAACAAACAAAAAAGUCUCUUUAAUAUCUUGCGAUCGGUUCUCAACACAGUAGAAAUUAAGGAAUAUUCAGAAUCCAUCAAACAUGAGGGCUUUGUUUAUUCCAUCAACACAUUAAGCAUCUGCAUUUUUUGACUCUGUCAUGAUGAUUAAUGAGUAUUUGGUUAAAUAUUCGUUCUCAUUUUUUAUGUGUGUAUCAUUAUCUCCAUGUGUUUCCAGCCUGAGAAUGUCUGUAUGGCAUCAGUCCAACAUGUCAAAUCUUACUCACUCUCCGGAGCAGCAGAACAUCAAGUAACAACAUCUAAUGCACUGAAAUACUGAUGCUGUUGUGAGUUGAUUUGAACAUGUGGUGUACAUUCAGAUAUGCCUGUACUCAAGAGUGUGGCCGCCCCUCUCAGCUGACCUUUGUACCCCAGAUGGAGUUUGCUAUUUAUUAUGGUUAUAAUGACUUUAUUCUGUUUUAACCUCUCUCUUGUUCAUUGAAAUGUUUACUGUUCCAUGUUUAGCAGUGGUAAGCCACAAUAAAUCAGAUCUGUCAGUGCAGUGCCAGUUCAAUGUGGUUGUGGUGCUGGUGGUGGUGGUGUGCCAGCCAAACAUGUUGUUCUAAUGUCAGUCUUCACUGGACAGAAUUUACUCAGACUUCAUCUCCUGCUUAUUUUUUCUUUAAGUUCAGCUCGGUGUUGUAAUACGGAUUUCCUAACAUCAGAUAGUAGAGCGUAAAAUAAGAUAAAGAUGUGUACGAGUAGAGAAACACUGCUCUGACCUUCAUGGAGUCUUGUCCAGCUGAUGUAGACAUGUGAUGGAGAAUUGAUGCUUUCCUGCAGCUGCUUAAAAUGUCCCUCUCCCUCUUGAUGAGGUCUGCACACAUUUGUGACAUUAUUUCAUUUGUCAGUGGAGCUCAUUUGAUUUUGAGAAACAAUUUAUGUAGAACUUCUUUGCUCCUGCUCCAAGUCUAACAGCGGCAGGACUUGCAUGUGUAAGGAAUUAUAUCAAGACAGCGGUUCCAGUAAAACUUCCCGUUGCUGCACACACUUGUUAUGGAAAAAGUAAACUUGGCCUUAAUUGUACUUCUCACUGCUGUGGACUGAGGAUGCAAUGUUUGUUAAGGUCGUGGUUUUUCUCUAGUGGUCAUUUUAGUCCACUUCUGGAAAGGUGUGCUUUGCAAGACAACAGGACAAAAUGUCCCAGACUUCGAUGUAACAACAAAAUCUACUUAGGCAGAAGAAAUGCAAAACUGACAAAGAGGUGUCUUGAUUGAUUUAUAGUUUCAUCUCCAAUGAGAUUAGAUGACUUAAAAGAGCCUGAACACAUCGAGGGAAACUUUUUUUCCCACUCGGAACUUCAAAUAAGUUAUUUUUUUUUUUUUAGCUCUUGGAAAUCUGCGGAAACGAACUACACCUCUGAGAUAUGCUAAUGCCUGCAACAUACUGAUCAGUAAAACUUGGAAAUUUUAACUUAAUCUUUGAGUAUUUUAUAUUUAUUUAUGCUGCUAAGACUUUUAUAAACUAUCUCAAUAGGUGAGGUUUGGUUUGAUAUCUGUAUUUAUAUCUAGAAAACUCAUACAAGUAAAUUUAAAACUUUCUUAGUGCCCUAAAUAUUCAAAGCUUACAUUAUCUGUUUUUUUUUAGUUAGAGGUCAGAAUUGUAUCUCUGUUGUUUGUGACUUUAUCUCACUUUAAGCUGAGACUUUAUUCGAGUCUUGAUGCAGCUGCAGUUUUUUUCACAGAAGUCAGACCAUUACGUUUUGUUAUGUCGUGAUCCAAGAACUCAUUUGGAUGAGAAGGUUUGGUCGUGUUGGGCUCUGCCCUCUCAUUUUCUGGUCUUAUAAGAUUUCUACUCUGAACAUGACACGAGUUUUAUUUGGCUUGUUAACUGCAACAGUUUAAAUUUUGCAACCUCAGGUGCGUGGUGCAAAUGUGGUCUGUUGGGGGGAAUUAAAAAGAUUACAGUCAUGGUGUGAGGUCUGGGUAGAGGGGUUACGAAUUUUCAUUGCCUAUGUUUCUGUGUGGUAGGUACAGAAUUACAACAAUAAAAUUAAUGCUGAAUUUGAUCAAAUUCAAUUGGAGGAGAAAAUAUAUUCAUCCACAGUAAAGCCUCUAAAAAUGAAUCGAUGGUUACACCCUAGAACAUGCACAUUAGAUGUAUCUGAGCGUCUGGACAAUGCAAAGAUUUGCUUCAGCUCUGUUCUUCAGAGCAUUUGUUCUGUGCAACUUGUUAAAAAUUAUGUCAUAUCAAUGCAAAGUUAUGCAAUGAACCAUAUUUAGCUGGAAGUUUAACCCACUGAGCUUACAAAGUGCCUGAGUUAGUCUGCCAUCACUUAGAUAAGCUUACCUUAAUUGGGCCUUUCAUAAGGGCUGUUUACAAAUCCAACAUAGAAUCCAUUCUCACCUUUAAUAUCAUAACCUUGUUCACCCUCAUCACUGUCAGAAACAAAUCAAAGCUUUCCCUGAUAUUCACCAAACAAACAAAGUAACUCGUAAACAUAAACUAGCAGUUAAAAGGAAAGCCAAAGUCAUUACAGGCGACCCCACUCACCUCCUGCAUCCGUCCUUCCAGAUCCUCUCAUCAGGCUACACAUAUGAAGUCCACAAAAACUUGUUAACUAUCACUGCAAUACAUAUCAUAAAUAAAUAGGUUAAUACAACAAUAACUUAUGACCUACUCUCUUAACAUCCAAAUGUCAUUUGCACUUUUAAUCUUGAUUCAUAAUUGUCCCGGUAAUGUCUUUUAUUCCUGCUUUGGGAAAAUGUUUCUAUUGUGUUGUUUGUUGCACCGCAUUGAGUCAUGCCAAAGACAAUUUUCUCAGCAGAUGAUAAAGUUUUUUGAAUCGAAGUCUAAAUCCUAGUAAACAUGUUUUUGCAAUUCAAUAUCUUUCAUAAAUCCAGUAAAUGUGUUUUUACUCACAGAGUGAACGAAUUGUUAUCCUCAACAGGUCUACCCAUGCAGCAAUGACAAGGAGUGCAGUGUAGGAAGCUACUGCCACAGCCCUCAACAGGCUCCGUCUCGCUGUCUCACCUGCCGCAGGAGGAAGAGGCGCUGCCAUCGGGAUGCCAUGUGCUGUCCUGGGAACCGCUGCAAUAACUGUACGUACAUCAAAUCAAAACCAACAGUUUCACUUAUGCUGAUACUAUGUGAAUGGAUCAGAAAUAUUAACAGUUACUCAAGGAUUUGACACAGUAUGCAUGGGUUGGCGGUGUUUUCUGUCUUGUUUGACCUUCCUAUUUUUCUCUUUUCUCCUUUCUCUCUCGUCUGCAGAUAUUUGUGUCCCUAUCUCAGAGAGUGUGCUCUCGCCUCACCUCACAGCUCUAGAUGAGCACAACAAACUCUCCACCAAAGAGCACAACUGGAGGAAGAGUGGGAAAGCACAUGCUAAACAUUCUCUGAAGGGUAAAAUUUGAUCUCUCAUUUCUGAGUGUAUGCAUAAAACAUGUUCACUGGAUCACAAGAAACUAGCACAUUUGAUUUUCUUUCAUCUUUUUCUCUUGUCAUCCUCUUUGAAUCGAGUUCGGGUAGCUCAGUCUCUCCGUUGUUCACUCUCUGCAAGUCCUACUGAGUUCAUGGGCAACACCAGUCCACAAACUAUGUUGAUAAUUACACCUCUGCUCAUAUGUCAGUGUCUGUGGGCCCAAAAUCACAGCAUGGGGAACCACAAUGCCUGUGCUGUUUCUGCACCUACAUAAAGCCAUACAAACACUCUCAUUGACAGCACACAUUAUACGAUACACAAGUGAAAACCACAGAAUGCAGGUUUGGCACCAUUAUGGCUGAUGACUCUCAGAGCCCCCCUGCUUAGUGUUCAUGUCACCUGAUUUAAAGUCAAUGUAAGGGCCUCUAUAUAAAGCAAUGCAUUUAAUGAGACAAUAAAACUCCUCAAGUCUAAAAGCACCCUGAAGACAGAAGACUGUAAUACUAAAAUCAAUGUGAGGUAGCAGCACUGCUUCAGGAGCUAUAAAUAAGACCACUGACUUUUAUGUAUGUUUAACUUACUCCCUCUCCUCGAAGAAUAUGUAUUAAAAUGUCUGCCUUCAGGUCGCAGCGUUGUGAAAAAUGCUCCGUGAGAGUCAGAGGUGUUUAAGAGAUCCACGAGCACUCUCUCUCUAAGCAGCCUAUUAUUAUCUUCAUAGUUAGAAUUUAAUUUCAUGAAACUAUUCAUACAUUUGGCAAGUGGUGACACAUUGUAAAAAUGUUUUAGAGGAAAAAAUCUGCGUAACUAAAUCAAACUAAUACUGCGUUCAUGUAAUUCUUGCAAAGUUCUGCCAAGACGAUCAGCCUCAGACCAGAUGGGACGAUACGGUUAAUACGCAGAAUUAGCAAAUUGUUAGUUUGAUUUACAUUAAAUACUUCAUGGAUUUUUUUUUGUCCCUGAGGGCCGCAUAGAAUGCAAUCUGAACGGAAACAUGAAGAAUGGUUCGCAUUAAGUUAGCCGUAUGGAAAACAUAAUGGCUUGAUGAACUCUAAUAACACAUUCCCUUUGCUUCGUUUCAUUGGAGAACUAAAACUCUGAGAUGCUGGAUGGUUUAUAAUUUCACACACUCUUUUAUGUCCCUGAUGUUGUAUUCGUUUCUGUUUUUCAACACAGAAAUGCAAACUUAAUGUACUGUUUGGAGAUGUACUGUAAUCAGACUUACCCUUGAUCAGAACUGUUUCUCAUCUCUCUCGAUCAGGCCAUGAAGGGGACCCUUGCCUGCGCUCAUCCGACUGCUCAGAGGGCUACUGCUGUGCUCGCCAUUUCUGGACCAAAAUCUGCAAGCCAGUGCUGCGGCAGGGUGAGGUGUGCACCAAGCAGAGGAAGAAAGGCUCUCACGGCUUGGAAAUCUUCCAGCGCUGCGACUGUGCCAAGGGCCUUUCCUGCAAGGUGUGGAAAGACGCCACCUCAUCGUCCAAGUCCAGGCUCCAUAUGUGCCAGAAGAUCUGAAGCAGAGGCAGCUGCUGUCGGCGUCCAGGCCUCAGUCUCCAUCUGCCAGGGAAAGUUUUUUUUUUGUAAAGGAUGGGUUGUGGCUGUAUUGAAAGGAGUAAAAGACAAAGACUAACAAGAGACAGAUCAGACUGCGUGGGUUCAAGCUCGCUUUUCGGCAAGCGGCGAACAAAGGGGGUUUGCUUUUAUGUGCCUGCUGUGCGUGGUCCAUCCUUGCAUCGACAUACAAACAUGUACCCCGCAUACACACGCACACACACUGCUCAUGAGUCUGUGAAUGUCAGUAAUCUUAUAGUUUCCUUACUCAUGACUGGUACCAAACCUUUUGCAUUCUCAAGACAUUCAGGGAGCCACAAAGAUAGUCGAUGUAUGUCGUGAUAGGUGUGGACUUUUCCUAGAUGGAGGUAAUAGAAGUAGCGCUCUUUCAUCAAGCUUUAGCUUAUAACAACACAACUAUUUACAAACAAGCCAUAUUUCUAUUUACCGCACGGAAAAAACUCUUUACUGAAGUCCAGAGGAGAAUCCGUUUUCUGUCAUGAUGUUGUUGUCUGCUUUGUUAAAAUGCAAUAUCUCAUUCUUCUUGUUGUUUGUCAUAAGUCUUAAAGAUUUCAGUCAUGUUACAUCAGACAUUUACGACCGGUAACAAUGUCCAGACCCAUCACAGACCAGCUAUAUUAUUCAAGGAAUUAAUUGCAUAAACAGUUUACUCCAGAGCUUGGCUUGUGUACUGUAGCAACAUCCGGAGAGUACAAAAAAUUCUCCUAAACCAAAGAAUGAAAGAACAUGUAGAUCAGAGCGAUGAGUUUCAUCUGGGACAUUAGCUCCUAAGUCAAUUUUUAGCCACAAGAAGAGAGAUAAAGCGCUGUGUCCGUUGUGGGAGCCUCGUUUGAUCUGUCAGAUACAGCUGCAGUCUAUUGUGAUACAACUGUGUGGGUUCAUACAGUUUGAGCUGAGGUGCUGCUCCGCUGCAGACUCUGUGGUUCUGAUACCAGACUGAAAAUGGUUCUGGCUGGAAGGAUAGGUUGGAAGUGCAAUUUAUUUUCUAUUGACAACUCCAGUAGGAAUACAACACAGGAAGAUGGAUUUGAGUUACCCUAACACCCCAUAAAGCUUGUUUUCAAAGAGAAUUCCACUUUGAAUCGAGAUUUUUCUUGUCAGACAUGAAUGUGUACUCUCCUCUCAUGAAACAAUACGCAGUUGUUCUUGAGGUCCAGCAAUGCCUUCUUUCAGUACAACCUCUCUGAACAAAGUACAUAUAAUGGCACGGUUUCCUCUCUUUGCUUUUAAUGGUUUUAAAGCAUCAAAUACACAUAUUUUGUACCCAUACAAAGCGUCAAUAAGCUCUUAUAUGUAAAUAGAUUGAAAACAAUGUAAGUGUAUUUAAGAGUCAGUGUAUAUCAUGUACAUACAAUGAAAAAUAUGAUGAAUCUUAAAGGUUUCAGUAAAUGAUAUAGGUGAGAAGAGUAAUGAGGGGUGAAAUUCAGAACAAUGUAGUGAAAAUGGAAAAAGCAGAGUGUACGCAGAAGGAAGUAGGAAUACUAGAUAGUUUGCAGACUAGAUGCAUUAAAAGGGAACGCCAAAAGCAGAGACAAGCACAUUAAUUUCCAAAACAGUUUGUGUAAAUGGUGUGUAAAUGGUGUCAAGAUUUAUAUCCCAAUAAAUAUUGUUCUUUUGUUUAUACUUUGCAUUGAUUUGUUUUGUGUAUUUACUAUGAUGAAUGAAUAAUGAAAGAAUAAAGAAUGUAUUUUGUAUCA